UGCACGUUUACUGACGUGUGAUUGUCGCCUUAUGUCAUAAUUAGGUUCUUUAUUAAUCAAACAUUAUUGUCAUUGACAUUUGGUUUAUCAGAUGUCACAAAAUGAUGGAAAGAUUUGAUUAAUAAUUUCUUUAUAAAUUAUUUUUAUCCAACAAAGAGAAGCAUCAAAUCAACAUGUGAGAAUUUAAAGUGGCUUCUCAUUAAUGUCAUCAUCUAACAGAUAUUAUUAUUAUUCAUUAAAGUAACAUCAGAAAACAACAUGUGUGAUAAAACAUCUUGUUAAAGAAUAAACAGCAGAUUCUCGCAUUUUUCAACCUUGAACAAAUAAACGUUUAUUGGUUGAGAUAAUCAACUAAUUAACUGAUUUUUUGAUAUCUCAAAAUCAAACUGCACAAACAGAAUAAUAUUGAUGAGCUUAUGACAAACCCUGUGGUCAAUGAGCAGAAAUAACACAGUUUAGAAAUAUUGUGUUUAAAGUUUAGAAUCUGAACAUCAAACCUCCUUUAAUGAGACGAUAUCAGAAAUUUUAACAUUUUUUACAAAGUUCUCUAAACUUUGUAAAACACCAAAAUAAAAAAAACACAUCAGAUAAAUUAAAUAAUUUGCUUCAGCCUGAGAAAAGUCAAAAUCACCUAAAGCUCAAAAUGAAGCUCUGUGUAUUUUUUCUCCUCAGAUUGUUUGAUUUGAAAUGUUUGUCGACGUCUGAGGAGAUGAAAUUAUUUGUUUUUUCACAAUAAAACAGAAAAGAAGCGUUUAUGUACAGUUCGUCUUCUUCAAACAUCUGAAAAUAAAAAGAGGAGCAGGUGCAGGUUCAGCCUGAAGCUGAGCGCUCGAGUGGUUUCUACAGUUUUUAGGAUCAUUAACUCAUUAACAUGAAAACUGAAUUACUUCGUUACCAGAAGAUCGUUUCUCCUUCAGCGUCACUGUGAAUAAACUCAAAGUCUGUUCAAGCUGCGACUUUGUUGAAAAUGUCGUUGUGAUUUGUAAAAGUCUUGAAACACCUGACAGUUCAGAUUUAUUUUGUAUUUAAACUCAACUAAUUUGCUUCAUUCAGGGACUGAGAGGUUUGAUUUGAGUCAAUUACAUCUAUUAUAGAUUCAUCUGCUAAUUAUGAAUGAACUGUGUCUAUAAAAACUGAGAUAAAAGUCUGGUAUCAAUCUCCUUUUCUAACCAGCAGCCAAAACACAAAAUACAUUAAAUUUAAAACAAUGUGAAAAUCAUCAAAUCUGAAAAACUGGAACCUGCAAAUAUUGGUUGCUGGAAAACUAUUAAUUAUUGAAAGUAAUGAUAAUACGAUUUUAUGUGAAGGAAUAAACACAAAUAUGAAUCACACACUGACAAAAUCAGCUCCUUUAAAACGUUCUUAGAAAAGUUUUUUUUAAAUCACCUGCAGACUUUUCAGAAUAAUUUCAUGACUUUAUUUCUUAGAGAUUAAUAAGAAAUAAACAGUUUAUGAUUUAUUUUCAUCCUUCAGUCCGAGCUGUGCGUCUGUCUGACUCUCUGACGUCUGUCUGACUCACUGUUCGUCUUUGUCGUCUUCGUGACGUUUGACGGAGAAACAGAGUCGCUCAGUGGCGCCUCCUGGAGGAGAAUCACAGCUCGUCUUUUCCCUCGACAAGGACGAACGCCUCCGAUCAUCACCUCUGGGGAAACCAUGGAAACAAAGUGGUUUUAAGAUGCAGAGCACACAACACUUUUCUCCACUUGAAAUAUUUAGUAAAUACCUGAGAGGUGCACUUUAACAUCGGCGAGCGUCCCUGUGGAUUCAAAUGACCUGAAGGAGGUGACCUCCUUUAUUUUGAAGGAGCUGGUUUCUUUCUUUUAGUUUUGCGAUGAAGUAAAUAACGUUUUUUUCUAAAAUAACUCUUGAUCACCGUCUCCUCACCUGACGAUGACUGACGUGACGUUCGAGGAUGUUCACGAUUCAAACGUUCUCGGACUCGAUGACUGUGGCGAGCGGCGGGCGUGUCGCUAGCGUCCAAUGAGAGCUCGACCCUGUGGACGCAGAGAGCAGCUGAUCUCCAGUCAGCAGAUCACUGGGAUGUUUGGCGUGCCAGGUGUCUGUGACCUUUGCCCUCUGUUCUGUCUCCGCUCCUCUGGGACCUGGUCACCUCUCCGCAGUGUGGAGGGCGACUCUCAGUGUCCGGAGGCGCUCACUUUUUCUGAUUCGUCCUUCGGCCAUCCGCCUCCCUUCCAUCGCUAUAGCAACAGCCCCCUCUCCAGCCCCUGUGAUCCCUACAGCUCUGCCUCCACCAGCGGGCCCCUGGGAGCCUCCCACAUACACACUCAGGGCAGCUCUCCCAUCUCUCCCCCCAGCCCGGCGAGCCUUGCCUGGGCUCAGCGAAGUCGACACCAGCCGGCCAGCCUGGCGCUCCGCAAGCAAGAGGAGGAGGAGAGCAAACGCGGCAAGGCUCUCUCUGACAGCUAUGAGCUCUCCACAGACCUCCAGGACAAGAAGGUGGAGAUGCUGGAGAGGAAGUACGGAGGCCAGUUUGUGUCUCGGCGGGCGGCGAGGACGAUUCAGACAGCGUUCAGGCAGUACCGCAUGAACAAGAACUUCGAGAGGCUUCGCAGCUCCGCCUCCGAGAGCAGGAUGACCCGACGCAUCAUCCUGUCCAACAUGAGGAUGCAGUACUCGUUCGAUGAGCGUCCGCCACAGUGUCAAGGGUCAGCAGGUCAGCAGGGGUCAGAGGACACAGGAGACAUGGACGACUCCUUCUCUAAACAAGUGAAGUGUUUGGCCGACUCCAUGGACGACUCGCUCACCUGUCAGUCCGGACGCGAGGACUCACAGGAAGCAGGAGGAGACGAGGACGAGGACGAGGAGGAGGAGGAGGGAGACGAAGAGGAGGAAGAGGAGGAGGAAGAAGGGGAGGAGGACGAGGAGGAAGACGAAGAAGAAGAUUACAGACAGUGUGCGUGGCGCAACACCAACGCAUCCUCCCGCCGCGCCACAGGCCGGGUGGGAGGAGAUGGGAGAGGAGGCGCCGACAUGCACGAGGACAGCACCGCCACCUCCUUCAGUGAUGUCACCCUCUAUAUGGACGAGGGCUGCCUCCCCUCCUCGCCGCUGUCCCGCCCCACCUCCAACUCUGACACAGAGUACUGGGGAGGAGGGCGAGGAGGAGGUGCAGGGGGGAGGGAGGACAGCAGGGAGACGGAGGGAGGAAGCAGCCGGAGGAGCAGCACGCCCUGUACAGAGUGUCGGGGGGAGUACAGAGGGAGGGCAGGAGGAGGAGGAGGAGGAGAGGAGGAGGAGGAGGAGGGAGGACACCUCCCUGUCCUGACCAUCGAACCGCCCAGUGACAGCUCAGUGGACAUGAGUGACAGGUCAGAGCGAGGCUCCAUCGGACGCCUGGUGUACGAACAGGAGCCGUCAGGAGUCGAGCGAGGAGAGCGGGAGAGGAGGGCAGGAGGAGGGGAGGAGGAGGAGGAGAGCGGAGAGGAUGAGCGAGGGGGAGGAGGGGGAGGAAGCAGCGAAGCCGACUCGCCCCAGGGAACCAUCAAACACAAACCAAACGGCCGCUCGGUCGCCACAGCGCAGGGACAAACACGCAGCCCCGCCAACGUCCCGCUGCCGAUCCCCUCGGCCCGGACGCUGCCCUCACACCCGCUGCCCCACCCGCUGCAACACUCACACCCCCACACUCACCCCGCGCCCAUCCCCCACCUCCCCACCAUCCUCCACCACCACCCGCAGUACAGCCAGCCACACGUCAUGCACAUGCACCACGGGCACGGCGGCGGCCCGUACAUGCAGCACCCACACCACUUCAACCAGCACCACUACCACCACCUGCACCACCACCACCUGCCCCAUGGUUACCCAGAACCCCCCUCUUCCCCGCUGCCGUCCCCUGUGCCACCACUCACACCUCUCUCACCCCUGCCGCUGCCGCUCACGCCCUCGCCGCUGUCGUCCUCCUCGUCCUCGGCUCUUCAAAACAUGGAGGCGCAGCAGCAGCAGCACCUCGCCCACCACCCCCACCUCCACCACCACCACCUGCUGUGCUCGGACGGAGACAACGAGAGCGUCAACUCCACCACCACCAACUCCAACGACGACACCACCGUCAACAACUGCAGCUCCGGCUCGUCGUCCCGUGACAGCCUGCGGGAGCCAAUAGGAGGGGCCCCACUGGGGAAACAGACCUAUCAGAGAGAGAGCCGCCACAGCUGGGACUCGCCGGCCUUCAACAACGACGUGGUGCAGCGGCGGCAGUACCGCAUCGGACUCAACCUGUUCAACAAGAAGCCCGAGAAGGGGAUCCAGUACCUGAUCGAGAGAGGGUUCGUGUCGGACACACCGGUGGGCGUCGCCCGGUUCAUCCUGGAGAGGAAGGGACUGAGCCGGCAGAUGAUCGGAGAGUUCCUCGGCAGCCGGCAGCAGUUCAACAAGGACGUCUUAGACUGCGUCCUGGACGAAAUGGAUUUCUCUGGGAUGGAUCUCGACGAUGCUCUGAGGAAGUUCCAGUCUCAGAUCAAAGUUCAGGGCGAAGCUCAGCGGGUGGAGCGACUGGUCGAGGCCUUCAGUCAGCGGUACUGUGUUUGUAACCCGGUGCUGAUCCGACAGUUCCAGAAUCCAGACACCAUCUUCAUCUUGGCCUUUGCCAUCAUCCUCCUCAACACGGACAUGUACAGCCCCAACGUCAAGCCAGAGAGGAAGAUGAAGCUUGAGGACUUCGUCAAGAACCUGCGAGGCGUUGAUAACGGUCAAGACAUCCCCAGAGACCUGCUGGUGGCCAUCUAUGGAAGGAUCCAGAAAUGGGAGCUGAGGACCAACGAUGACCACGUGUCCCAGGUCCAGGCAGUAGAGAGAAUGGUGGUCGGCAAGAAGCCUGUCCUGUCGCUGCCUCAUCGCCGGCUAGUUUGCUGCUGUCAGCUGUUCGAGGUUCCAGAUCCGAACCGCGCCCAGAGGAGCAGCGUCCACCAGAGGGAGGUGUUUCUGUUCAACGACCUGCUGAUGGUAACAAAGAUCUUCCAGAAGAAGAAGACUUCAGUAACGUACAAUUUCCGUCAGUCGUUUCCUCUGGUGGACAUGCAGGUCCACACCUUCCAAAACACCUACUACCCUCAUGGCAUCCGACUGACGUCAGCGAACCCCGGAGGAGAGAGGAAGGUGCUGAUCGUCUUCACAGCUCCGAGCCAGCAGGACCGAGCUCGCUUCACCUCCGACCUCCGAGAGAGCAUCGCAGAGGUGCAGGACAUGGAGAAGUACAGGGUGGAGUCCGAGCUCGAGAAGCAGAAAGGUGUGAUGCGUCCCGGCAUGUUGACGGGCGGAGCAGUGGGUGGCGGGGCCAACACCGGUGGGGGGCCCGUAAAGGGUGAGGUGCUCAAUGGCACCCUGGGUAGGCCGAGCCUCGACGACACGUACGCCUCUGUGGACGGACUGAAACGCACGGCACUCAGCUCAUCGUUGAGAGACCUCUCAGAAACAGGGAAGCGAGGUCGUAGGAACAGUGUGGGAUCAUUGGACAGUACCAUUGAAGGUUCCAUUAUUAGCAGCCCUCGGCCGCACCAGCAGCGCCCCCUGCCUACUGGAGGUCUGUCUUACUGCCCCAUGAUGGUCCCUUCUUCUCCAGCAGCCUACCGGCCACACCGCCCAACUCAGAGCCCCGGUACAGGGGUGGGGGGUGGGCCGGGGCUCUGUCACAACCAGGGAGGGGUCACCACCUCCCCACUCGUGAGCGGGGGAGGGGCUGGGGGCGGAGGAGGGAUGGCGGGUGGGGGGGGCCCGACUGGCGGCGGCCUGCUGGGGAACUUCUUCGGCAGCCGCAGAGGCAAGGUUCCUGGUCCCCUGACAAUGAUGUCACCAACUCCUCAGGGUCCUCCGAGUCCCCUGAUGAUAUCAUCACCCCCCCACUACCCCGCCCCCGCGCCUCCCAUCGUCCACCCAUCCUCCCCUUCCCCAGGCCCCUCCCCAUCGCCCAACCUCGGUCCGUCGGACUCGGGAGGAGUUGGAGGGGGAGGAGGUAUGGGACCGUCCAAGCUCCAGGCUUUGCAUGCCCAGUAUUGCCACGGCAACAGUGGAGGAGGAGGAGUCAGUGUUACUGGGCACCAGCAGCAGCAAACGCCACCCCCACCCUACCACCAUCAUCACCGCUACCACAUGCAGAGCGUUCCCCAGCACCACCCCCUCUCGCACAGGUUCUCCGCACCCCGGCGUCAGGGCCCAUCCGGCUGCGUUCCCUCUCAUACCCAGCAGCAUCAGAGGAUGCAACAUGGCCCCGCCCAGCACCCACGCUACAACCUGGCUUCAGGCUUCACCACGCCCCCUCCGCUGUCCCCACACUCCCCCUUAACCCCUACUACCCCGCACGGACUCUACCACUCGCACCCCGCGGCGGGACGACCGGGUGGAGGUGCCAAACUCCCGCUAACCAUCUCGCACUCUCAGCCCCACCCCCACGCUCACACACACUCUCACAACCACGCCGCGCACGCACACUCCCCCCUCAGCCCCUCCCCCUCCGUCUCCCCCUCCACCCACUUCAUCUUCUCCCCCCCACCACCCCAGACACCCUCGGCACGCCUCGUCAGCCAAACGCCUCCUCAGCCCUACGCUCCUCAGUAUCCGCCCCUCUCCUCUAUCCCGCCUCCCCCUCCGCACUCCCCCUUGCCUCCCCCUUCAACAGCACCACUCUCCCCGCACCCAGGGGUGGGUGGAGGGCAAGGGGGGGGACCCAAAUCGAAACCUGUCAGCCGGAUCAGCACGGUCGUCUGAGAAGGCAGAAGCCAAGGACGGUGGUCAGCCACCCUGCUGUGAGCGUCCGGGGGUCGGUUCUGAGAAGGAGCAGGAGAGGGAGGAGGAGAGGAGGAGGAGAGGGAGGAGGGCAAGUGCAGGUGCAUAAAAAUGGCCACCUGGUGAGAUGGAGAGCGGGGAAGAGGAAAUUACUCAGCCUGUGUUAUUUCCACAUCCACUUCCCCCGCAGGUAGAAAGACUCUCGCUGAGAGAUGUCUGCUGGGUAACUUUGUCCUGCCCGCGCUGCAACCGGGGGUCGGUUCUGAGAAGGAGCAGGAGAGGGAGGAACCGCCGCCAAGAACGUACGUCACACGAAUCUGAAGAAAAAUCCCACGCCGUCCUGCAACGUCUCAUCUUCCCCCAGCGGUGUCCUUCUGAGGUGGCCGGGGACCGGAGCAGCCAUGUUUGUAGUUUUUCAUCUACAGAGGACGUGUCAUAUUGUGAGUUCGAAUUUGUGAGUCGCUGUAGUGGACAAACGGUUCAGGGACCAGAUGUGAAGGGAACAGUGCCUGAGAAUUCAACACGGUUAGCGCUCGAUGCUAACACCACGUACCGUGUCUGAAGAGACGGUUCUGGGUUUUUGAGAAACCUGAGAACGAGACAAGUCCUUUUGUUAGUGUCCAAAAAAAAAAAAAAACUAGUCUUGCACCAUUUUGUUUUUGGCACAAAAAGCACUUGUUGUUUUGGUCGUUGACGUAUGAAGAAGCCAUGAGGUGUUGCUGAGAAGCUGAAGUGCUUUGCAUUAAUCUGGUGCCGUUUCUGUGUCUUAGACAGGGAUGCAUGACCUGUGCAAUAUCUACUGAGUGUCAGUGCGUCUAUGGUUUCAAUCCUUUAUGCAGGGGGCGGGAUUUGUCGUCAUUUAAAGCCACAGUCCAGCUUUAAUUUGGUCGAGACAGUGAAGGUUACUGAGGACUUUACUUUCUACGUGGACAAUAAACUUUUUUUAAACUUUCAAAAAGCCAUCACAACAAAACUGCAGACGCCUUUUUACCUUUUGUUUUGCAAAAAUGACGAAAAGCCUUUAGUGUUUGUGGAUUACAGGGUUUCAACAGGGGGCGCUAUACUGUUGUUUUUUCGAUUGGGACUUUAAAAUGGGGAUGUUGACAUUUGACCUAGUAAUUUUUUCAAUAACUUGUAAAGGGAGAUUUAUUUAAUAAUUUGUACUAAAUCAGUGAAUGUCGCCCCUUAUUACUUAGUAUCCUAGUUAUAUGAAAGUAUAAGCUUGAAUUUGUCAGAAAUUAUAAAUAUGUCAGCUGUGAUUGAUGCUCCAUGUUGUUUGUGACCCUCCAUGUUGCCAGGGACGGAGAUUAUGCUAAAACAGGGUGCAGUCUGGGAAACAGAGUCUUUUGUUUGACUGCCUGUGAUGAGGACCUAAACGAAGACACCCAGUCUUAAAGUCAUACAAAUGUGAUUUCAGGGUAAAUUAAACAUGAUCUUCCUCUACUGUAACUCUACCUACACUGGAAACAUUAAUUUAACUGGGUGGGAAAUUAUAAUGUUUGGAAAAUGUGAACUGUGUGACCUGCACGGUAAAAAGAGAGAGAGAGAAACAUCACGAAGAUCAACAGGCGGCGAAACUCACAAAGCAUUUUCUACAAACACCAAAUCUCAGCUAAUAUAUCAAUUAUUCUAAACUCAAAACAAUAUAUUAUGUUUUUGUACUUUUCAGAUAUAUUGUUUCAAUGUUGUUAUUCCAAGGUGACGGUUAAAAUGUCACAGUGUAACUACCCAGAAUAAAUACUUGAUACAUUAAUAUUGUACUAUAAACUUCCCAACAUGUUAAACCUUUGCAAUUACACAAAAAUGUAUUGAUGUAGGUUCAUAAAAACGUUUCCAACCUUAUUUCAUCAAACCUUUACCAGCAUUCAGCUCAUAAAAAUUAAUAAUAAUAUCCAACCCAGUCUGAGGUUUGUUAGUUUCUCUCAACAGGACGAAAAAACUAAGUUUAAUCCCACAUCCACUACUUGUUGUUGUGUUGCAAAAUGGAGAUAAAGGUGCCUUCAUGCAGAGGGAUGCUAAAAAAGAAAGACUACAUUGAUGUUCAAAGACAAUUCAUCAUCUAAAUCAAUGAUAUAUUGAUUGAUUGUAUCAUUUCACAAUAAUAGAUAUCAGCCAUUGACUGCAUUGUGUUAAUCUGACUGAGCUCAUCCGACACAAAGAACCUGAAAACUGGACCUAAAUCCAUCGUGAAGGACUCGACAUGUCACAGACGUAAAGUGCGGAACAUGUUUCAUCGUCACAAGAGAAUUAUUCUUGAAGAAACUCAUUAUUACACGUUAUUUUUGCACUUUAAGUUAAGACGCCAGUAUUGAAGUGUAUUUUCUCUUUUUUCUGCUAAGUCCAGAUGACCCUGAUCUCAGGGCAGGAAGCCCGUGAUGUCAGGUAGAAAGCCGGUCGGUGCUGAUUACUCUCCUGUCACACCGGCCGGUUCUGUCGGCCACAAAUGAAUAUUCACCGAUGUUGAACUGGGGGAUGAUGGGAUAUUUCUCUGAUGCUCUGACUUCAAACAUCAACGACACAAAUCUAGUUUCCCAGUGAUGAUGUGAAUGCGGCAACUGUAGAUAUUAACUGUACAGUGUGUUCUAUUUUCAAUGGGGCCAACAGCAUCAAUCUGUGACAGGUUCAGAAUUGCUUGAAUUAACAAAACGUGCGCUCUAAAAACACAAGUUCAUCAGGGUUCUUCAGGCUCGUUCAGCAUCGGAGAAAAACUACACAAAAUCCCUACAAUGAUUUUUUUUCCAGAAGCCCUUUAUUUUUGUGACUUGGUGAGAAUAACAUUUUGGAUUAUUAUAAUUUUAAUUUAAAAUCAGUUGACGGAGUUCCUCAAGGAACCAUCCUGGGUUCCCUGUUGUUUUCAAUCUGAAGAACCCUUUUGACUUUUUAGAGUGUGCUACUGAUAUUAUCAAUAUUGUUGUGUGACAAGCUUCUACUAACAUUACGUACUCCUUGGGCUGUUUUGUAUUUUUAGCAUUUUUUUCUUUUGUCAUGUGCUUACGAGUGUGAGAUGAUUGAUUUAUUUUCUUCUCCUGAUUUGGGCAUUUUGUAACUGUACUAAAAUCUUUUUAAUUUUUAAUAUGUUUACAACUAAACCAAGAACUUUCUGUGACUAACAUUCAACUUCUUCUGACAUGUUUAAUACAGACUGUGAUAAUUACUUCCACUCACUCCCUGUUUGCUCCCGUGAACACGUCUGCACAUCAUCCCGAAGCCUCAGCGAAGCCUCUCACCAACUUUUUAACAUGUCUGCUACAAUUCACAUAAACAGUACCAGAUGAGCUGCUAGGAAUUCUGGGCCGUCGGGUCCCUGUCAUGUAUCUGCAGCGACCUACAGAAACGCUGCCUCUUUGCAGAGGCCUUAAAGUCAACUAAUCCAGACCAACAUGAUUAGCAGAGUUCUCGAGGAGCAUUGGAUCAAACCUACCUCGCAUGGGAUCACUCAACAUUUCACACUGUUUCACUGCAUGUUUGACCGGAGUCUAACACAUUGGAGUUCCCAUUUUAAAGUUCCAUUCCUAGGUUUGCAUGUUGUUACCUUAACAAACCACGUGUACUGGACCCGACUGCCAGACCUGCAGUUUUUACAUUUCUUUUCCUUUGGCUUUGAAUUUAGUGUCAAUCUCUAAAAACUAAAAUCUACUUGAGGGGACUUGACUCCUGCUGCAGAUAGAUUUUCCAUCACUAUCAACAUUUAUGGGGCUCAAGCAGCCAGUGUUGCAACUUUUUGUGUUUUAAUAAUUUAUGAAACUAAUAAUAUUUAAUAAUAUUACUAAGCCCUCGUAGUCUGAGGCUGGAGCAGAUCAUUGAGCCAUCGGCUGCCUGGUGGAGACGUUCUGUCUCCACCGCCGUCCGUCUGUUGGCUGGUUUGAUUGUUUAUCAGAAGUUUUACGUGAAAAGAAACAAACUUGGUGGAGGAAUCAACGUGUUCAAUUUGAAUCAGCUUUUCCACUUUUUAUAACAUUAUCCAGGCAUCUGUCGAUAUUUUCGUUAAUUUCUCAUGACAUUUUUUGAGGAUAUUGAUGUAAAAAAUCUUAUUUGUUGUAGAGAUCUAUGAGUUUGGUGAAGAUUAUCAGACAACAAUAGACACGUGCAGGAUUUCUUGGUCUUUGCUAUUCUAGUUGGAUGUGAAAUUUAACAUCAGGUUGCAGAAUAAAAAACAUUUCAUUGCAAAAUAAAUGUGUGCACUUUACAUUCUGGAGUAGAAUCCAACAUCUGUGGACAACCAACUCAACUCAAAUGGUCCAAUGUAAUAUCUGUGUGAUGGAUUAUCUAUCUGCAAGCAGGUUUUCAUGAAAAAUACUUUUUCACAGAAGUAAUAUAAAGUACAUGUAGUGUAAGAACAUGCACAAACCUAGUUAUGGUUCUUUGAAUACUCAGUUUAAAUACGUUUUCUCUGCCCGGUCUGCUCUCCACUAUCAGUUUGCAUGUGGUAUUUAUUACAGUAUCUGCACUGAAUGAAAUUGUAUUAUAAACAUGAAUGUACAUAACCAUUGUUAAAUGAAAAAUAAUGCGAGUACUCGCUUUGCUCAGCAGCAGGCGGUUUGUCUCUGGCUGCGUUUCCACCAGGAACAGAAGAUUUUUAAUAUCACACAAACAGAUCUGAUUGGACAGCUGCACGCAAAACAGGGAACUUUCAAAAAAAUGAAGCACAUCAGAUCUGAUUCAGAUGAAGUUUAAAAUGCUCCUGUGUAAACGCAGUCCGUUUUGUGUGUAUCUAUAAGGGCAUGGACCGGGGGUCUUCGUUGUAUGUAACGAGACAAUGGACCGCUUUAUGGAGUAAAAAAUAUUUCUUGUUUAUAAUGUAGAGCAAAGAGAGACUGGAAUAGUCCUUGUAAAAUUGUACGAGUACAGUGUCAAAUAUGUGUCAACAGAGACCACAUUAUUUUAAAAACUAUGUAUGGAAAUUUUAGCUGUGUAUAUAAAUAUAUAUUACUUGUACUUUGUUUUUGAAAUUGCAGAGAUAUGGAAAAAGUGGAAAUAUUUAUUGCUCUAAAGAUAUAAAAUCUGUUCAUGUUGAUGGAAA